CCGGGACAGACCGAAUGUGGGAGGUCAUGGAAGGUUGGGAGAGGUGGACGAACGGGUUGUGGACGGAGAGGCAGGCCAGGCACCGGCGGGAGAAACCGGUCGCACGGGUCCAGGCGGGGAAAUGGCAAACCCUAACCAGAUGCUGGUGCAUAUGAACCCUAACGAGCAAUUUGUCACUCUUUUCGUCUUUUCGCUGAAAGAGAUCCCUCGCGGCUACUCUCACCUGUGGAGCUUCCAUAGCUGCUCAAGCGUAAAUCUCACCAGCCCCAAUCGCUCCAAGUGAGAUUUGUAAGGCACAAUGGUGAGGAUCAGCGUCCUUAACGAUGCUUUGAAGAACAUGUUCAACGCUGAGAAGCGUGGAAAGCGUCAGGUCCUUAUUAAGCCUUCUUCGAAGGUUAUUAUUAAGUUUCUGUCAGUCAUGCAGAAACACGGCUACAUCGGAGAGUUCGAGCUCGUGGAUGACCACAGAGCAGGAAAGAUUGUUGUUGAACUCAACGGUAGGUUGAACAAGUGCGGGGUUAUCAGUCCUCGCUACAACAUCGGUGUGUCAGAGCUCGAAGAUUGGACCGCCAGACUUUUGCCUUCCCGUCAGUUCGGAUUCAUCGUGCUGACCACGUCCGCUGGUAUCAUCGAUCACGACGAAGCCCGAAGAAAGAACGUCGGAGGAAAGGUUUUGGGAUUUUUCUACUGAGAGUAAAGAGGCAGCAAACGAGAAUGGUUAUAAUGUGGAAGUCGUUUUCUAGGAUAGAAGUCCAUCUACCUGCCCCCUCCUGGCGAGCGACAGAAGCUCGGGUGCAGGAAGUGGAUGAAGCGAAGUAUGAGUAAGAAAAAUUCAUACUAUGAAAUCUUCUUACGAGUCAGUGAAGGCCAGGUUUCACUCAUUUUUUGUACUUAACAUAUAUUGGAGCAAUGAAUGAUGGGUGUCUCUUCCGCACCUCGUGUCUACGUCUCUGAAUUCUAUCCGACCUUAAUGGAGCUGAAUUCAACUAAUCGUGGACCCGACCCGAUUGACCCAUCUUUACAUUGUAGGAAGAGUUGUGCUGUCCCACUCUGGACACGUACAUUCAGGCUUUACAAGGUUCUAGUUAUCUGCAUUGUCCGGGCUUAUCUUGCACUUUGGGGGUGGAAAAUUUAGCACCUGGGCACCUUGUUCCGUUAUUCUUUCUAUGUCAAAUCUGUUGCGCUAGGCUGUGAUUGGGAGGUCUGCUUAGCCUCCGGUUUCUUAGCUUGGCAUGCAUUUGGUGGAGGCCGUGCGCAUACCUGUUAACUCAGGAAGUUGCAGGAGGCAUGUAAGUUAAUACCUCACAGUUGUUAUGGACCUUAAGCCUGUCCUGAAUUUCAUGUAAUGAAUAUGACUCA